AUGCGCACGACUUCUCUCACCCCUCGCCAACCCCGCGGCCAGUCCCCGAGCCCGGUGGCCGCCAAAAUUCAACAACAACCUCCACCCACGCCCGGCCCCAGCUCCCACAAGCCCACCGCCGCUGUUGCGCCCUUUGCCGCCCGUAGCCUUGUCCGCGCCGCGCCGGCCAUUACCGUCAGCGAGUUAGACCACGAGAGUGCGUGGGGUGACGAUGAGGGCUCCGAGUUUGGCGACGGCGCCUCCGAGGCGAGCUUUUACUCCCUUGCGCACGAGUGCGGCGUCAAUUGCGCGUGCAGCGACACGGACGGUGACAGUGUGGCGACAGUGCUUGACACGCCGGACCUCACCAUCCCCAGUCCGACCGCCACCAUCACCAGCCUGCCCGAGGACGACACCCCAAAGAAGGACGAGGUUUCUGUGGGGUGGUCUCAGAAGAGCUGGGGAACUGCCUCGUGCCCCCCCCGCAACCCCACAUCGACCGAUCAGAAGAGCGAGUACGGCCUGCUCUCCAACCACGCCCGGAAGCAGCUCGAGGACCUCGGGCCAGAUUGGAAGCCCGACUGGGCCAAGGUGCACCAGCCGGUCACCCCACUCGACCCCACGUCGCCAGAGUUUGAGGACCUUCUGGUCCGCGCGUGGGUGGCCAUCCACGACAGAUGGAAAGCCAAGGUCGCCGAGGCCACCCGCAGUCUGAGCCACUACACCCCGUUCAUGCUCUCCCAGUCCACCGAACCCCAGGAGAUCACCCUCCGCAUCAUUCACAUGUGGAUCGAUGUGUGUGACAGCGUCGACAACCUCGCGGUGAUCGCCUCGUACCUCUGGUUCGAUGAGGCGGGCAAGCUGCCACCCUCGCCACCUGGGCACGCGGAGUACGACGCCGCCGGCGAGGCGAGCGCGACGACGCCUCGCUACCCCAAGCUCCAGCAGGCCAAGCGCGACUACCCCGUCCCACACUGGGCGUUCGAGGACGGCGCCGAGUACAUCAUGAAGCGACAGAGCCCGGUUUACUCGAUCACGUCGUCGCCACGCAUCCCCCCGCGCAUCCUCCGCCGCUUGCUCGACGGCGACAUUCCGGACGCCCGCAUCUACUACCCCCUGUGGGUGCCGCCCCAGACCAAGUCCAGUUGGCUGUGGUGGUUCUAG